AAAAGGGCCCGGCGCCACCGUUCCCACUGCUACAUAACAACGCGCCCGCGCCCGCUCCAGGGUUCACACGGCCCAGGAUGGCAGGCCACCACCACCAGCGCACCCGCCGGGCAAACUGAACGCACGCGCGGUCGGCGGCGGCGGCGGCGGGAAACCCCGCGGAACCAGAGCCCCCCAAAAGCCACGCCGAGACCAUGGCACCCGGGCGACGCGGCCACGCCUGCCUCCGCGCCCUGCCCCUGGCGCUCGCCUUGGCGUUGGCGUGCCUCCUCCCGCGCCACGCCGCGGCGCAGCAGGCCGACGAGGCGGCGCUGCUGCUCCGGAUCAAGCGGGCGUGGGGCGACCCGGAGGCGCUCGCCUCGUGGGGCGCCGCGGUGGGGGCCUCGCACUGCAACUGGACCUACGUGGCCUGCGACGCGGCGGGGCGGGUCGCGUCGCUGGCGCUCCCCAACGUGACGCUGGCGGGCGCCGUGCUGCCCGACGACAUCGGCGGGCUCGCGGGCCUCACGGUGCUCGACCUCUCCAACACCAGCGUCGGCGGCGGCUUCCCGGCGUCCCUCUACAACUGCGCCGCCAUCGCGCGCGUCGACCUCUCCAACAACCGGCUCGCCGGGGAGCUCCCGGCCGACAUCGGCCGGCUCGGGGGCAGCCUCACCUACCUCGCCCUGGACCACAACAACUUCACCGGCGCGAUUCCGGCGGCGCUGUCCAAGCUCACGAACCUGACGUACCUCGCCCUCAACGGAAACGAGCUCACCGGCACGAUCCCGCCGGAGCUCGGUGAGCUGGUUAACCUUGAGACGAUCAAGCUCGAGAAUAAUCUCUUCGGUGCCGGCACGCUGCCGGAGUCGUUCAAGAACCUGAAGAAGCUGACGACCGUCUGGCUGGCGAACUGCAGCCUCGGCGGCGAGUUCCCGACUUACGUCACGCGGAUGACGGAGAUGGAGUGGUUCGACCUGUCCACAAACAGAUUCACCGGCAACAUCCCGCCCGGCAUUUGGAACCUCCGGAAGCUGCAGUACUUGUAUCUUUACACCAACCUCCUCUCCGGCGAGAUCACCAUCAACGGCCCGAUUGGAGCAGCAAGUUUGAUAGAGGUUGACCUGUCGAUGAACCAGCUGAUCGGAACCAUCCCAGAAAGUUUCGGGAGCUUGCUGCAACUAAAGCUCUUGAACUUGCAACAGAACAAUCUCACCGGCGGGAUACCGCCGAGCAUUGCCCGGCUGCCAUCCUUGGUGUUCCUGUGGCUGUGGGACAACUACCUCAGCGGAGAGCUCCCGGCGGAGCUCGGGAAGGAGACGCCGCUGCUAAGAGACAUCCAGAUCGACAGCAACUACUUUGUCGGGCCGAUACCGGAGGGGAUUUGCAGCCACCAACAGUUGUGGGUGCUCACCGCCUCCGGUAACCGGCUGAACGGUUCGAUCCCGACCGGUCUCGCCAGCUGCUCUGCUCUCAUAUUUCUCCAGCUCCAAGAUAACGAGUUGUCCGGCGAGGUGCCGGCCGCUCUGUGGACGGUGCCGAAGCUUCUGACCUUGUCUCUGCAAAACAAUGGGCAGCUGAGCGGAAGCCUGCCGGAGAAGCUGUAUUGGAACACGACGAGCAUAUACAUCGACAACAACCGAUUCACCGGACGGAUUCCGGCAUUGGCCACUCGUCUCCUGAGGUUCCACGCCAGCAACAACUUGUUCUCCGGUGAAAUACCGGCGGGGCUUGCCGCGCCCGAUGGGAUGCCACUGCUGCAGGAGCUGGACCUGUCGGCGAACCAGCUCUCUGGGCCAAUCCCAGAGAGCAUUGCGUCGCUCACUGGCGUCGCGCAGAUGAACCUCAGCCAUAACCAGCUCACCGGCGAGAUUCCGGCAGGAUUGAGCUCCAUACCGGUGCUCAACGUGCUGGACCUUUCGUCGAACCAGCUUUCCGGUGCCAUACCGCCGUCUCUGGGAUCGCUGAGGUCUAGCCAGCUUAACUUGUCGUCCAACCAGCUCACCGGCGAGAUCCCGGCGGCGCUGGCCAACCCCGCCAACGACCAAAGCUUUUUGCGCAACCCGGGGCUCUGCGCCGCCGCAUCGUUGGUUGGGAACCUCAAGGGCGUGCGCUCGUGCGCGGCCCGGCCAACCGACCAUGUCUCGCCGCGUCUCCGCGCGGGCCUCUUCGCCGCGGGCGUCGCGCUCAUCGUCGUCAUCGCGGCGCUUGCCGUCUUCGUCGUCCGCGACAUCAGGAGGCGGAAGCGGCGGCUCGCGCAGGCCGAGGAGCCCUGGAAGCUCACCCCUUUCCAUCCCCUGGACUUCGGCGAGACCUCCGUGGUGCGCGGGCUCGCCGACGAGAACCUCGUCGGCAAGGGCGGCUCGGGCCGCGUGUACCGCGUCACAUACACCAGCCGGAGCAGCGGCGGCACGGGGGGCACCGUGGCCGUGAAGCGCAUCUGGACCGGCGCGAAGCUGGACAGGAGCCUGGAGCGCGCGUUCGCGUCGGAGGUGGACGUCCUCGGCCACAUCCGGCACAGCAACAUCGUGAAGCUUCUAUGCUGCCUCUCCCGCGCGGAAACCAAGCUCCUCGUCUACGAGUUCAUGGACAACGGCAGCCUGGACAAGUGGCUGCACGGCCACAAAUGGUUGGCCAGGGGCACGAUGGCGAGGUCCCCGUCGGUCCGGCGGGCGCCGCUGGACUGGCCGACGAGGGUCAAGGUGGCCGUCGGCGCCGCGCGCGGGCUGUACUACAUGCACCAGGAGUGCUCGCCGCCGAUCGUGCACCGGGACGUCAAGUGCAGCAACAUCCUGCUCGACUCGGAGCUCAACGCCAAGGUCGCCGACUUCGGCCUCGCAAGGAUGCUGGUCGAGGCCGGCAGAGCUGAUACGGUGACCGCCGUCGCCGGAUCGUUCGGUUACAUGGCUCCCGAGUGCGCGUACACGAGGAAGGUGAACGAGAAGGUCGACGUGUACAGCUUCGGGGUUGUCCUCUUGGAGCUGACCACCGGCAGGGAGGCCAACGACGGCGGCGAGCACGGCUCCCUGGCCGACUGGGCGUGGCGGCACCUGCAGGCCGGUAAAAGCAUCGCCGACGCCGCGGACAAGAGCAUCAGGGACGCCGGGUACGGUGACGACGUCGAGGCCGUCUUCAAGCUCGGGAUUAUAUGUACCGGCCGCCAGCCGUCCACGCGGCCGACGAUGAAGGACGUGCUGCAGAUACUGCAGCGCUGCGAGCAGGCGCACCGGAAGACCGCCGACGAGAAGGUCGCCGACCACGACGCCGCCCCGCUACUACAGGUGCGAGGAGGCAGCCGCCGGAAACAGCUCUCCGAUACCAAAGUGAGCGACGAUGGCGGGAAGGGCGGUUUCGACUGCAACGUCUGAAGAAAAGCAGAAUGGGUAAAUCAAUGUCUGUAGGAACCCUGACCUCCUACUGAGGUUAGGAUCUAGGACGGUACGGUAGCAGCCAGCCUUGUGCAGUGCUAGGUGAUCCAAGCAAGUAAAGGAUGGUCGCAGCUCACUAUACCACUUCUUUUGGUUGCGGCCGACUGGGCGGCCCCUAAGAUUUCCGAGUCUUAGAAGAGCAGAGCAAGGAUAGUCACAGUUCAGUAGCUAACCUCAGCACCACUUCCUGCAACAACACUGAUGGACAGACAAUGCAACAGUGGCAGUUCCAUCUUAUAGGUGUGUGUAUAUGUACUGUAACUGCAACCAUAUAAUUUUUGAAGCCAUGAAACUAAAUUCAGUGAUAUAUAUUUGAG